AUGGCGCAUAUUAUCGGUAAACAAGGGAAGGAUUACGGCCUAAACAUACCAGUAUCAGCAGAUGUGCUGGAUGCAAUGAUUGAAAUCAACAACGCGCUUAUUGACCUGAUAAAUGGAUUUUUGCCGCCGUAUGACGAUGUCAAUUUUGAAGUAGAAACUCCUAAGAUACGUGGUGGCACACUGCUGUGGGAUAUUAUCAAUCGGUGUGCACUAAAGGUUAGCCGCUUUAACAAAUAA